AUGACAUCCAUUCGAACUCUCAUUGUUGUUGCAACUGCAAAACAUUGGUCUUUGUAUCAAAUGGAUGUUAAAAAUGCUUUCUUUAAUGACGAUCUAUCUGAGACAGUAUAUAUGCAACCACCUCCUAGCUUUCCUGCUCCUCCAGGACAUGCUUGUUGCCUUUGUCAUGCUAUAUAUGGUAUCAAACAGGCUCCUCGGGCUUGGUUUGAGCGUUUUCGGCAAUCUCUUCUUUCUAUUAGUUUUAUUGAAAGCCUAGCUGACUAUGCUCUAUUUUAUCAGUCCUCAGCCUCCGGUACAGUCAUUCUAUUACUUUAUGUUGAUGACAUGAUAAUCACUAGGAGCGAUUCCUCUACCAUUACUUCCUUAAAGCAACAUCUUCAGAGUCAAUUUGAGAUGAAGGAUCUUGGAUCCCUUCGUUACUUCUUGGGUAUUGAGGUUGCUUCCUCCUCUUGUGGCUAUAUUCUCUCUCAGCAAAAGUAUAUUACAGACAUUCUUGAGUGUGCUACUCUCAGUGAUCCUUCCAUUGCUACCACUCCUCUCUUCACACCGAUGGAAAUAAACUUGAAGCUUCGACAUGAUGAUGGUCAUCCCUUAUCUCAGCCUACUCGAUAUCGGGAACUUGUCGGAGUAUUGGUUUAUCUUUCAGCAACAUGUCCGGAUAUCGCUUAUGCAGUACACAUCUUGAGUCAGUUUGUUAGUAGUCCGACUUUCAUUCACUAUGCAGCUCUUAUUUGGGUUCUUGGAUAUCUCCGUGGCAUUAUAACUAAAUCAUUAUCCCCCCCAGACUCUUCUUUGUCUCUUCGUGCAUAUUCUGAUGUUGGAUGGGCUGAUGAUGUAGACACUCGACGUUUCACUACUGACUUUUGUAUUUUUUGGGAUCAUCUCUCAUCUCUUGGCGUAGUAAGCGUCAAGCCAUUGUCUCUCGUUCUACGUGAUAAUAAGAGUGUCAUCGCCAUUUUCAUAAAUCCAGUAUUUUAUGAGCGUACCAAAUACAUUAAGGUGGAUUGUCAUGUGGUUCGACAGGAACAUGUUGUUGGAAACAUUACACUCUCAUAUGUUCCCUCUAAGGAAUAA